UAAUAAUAAAAGAAAAAGAAGCAAGUGGCUAACAUAGAACACUAGCCCACCAGAAAAACCAAAGCAAUACCCAACUAAAACAAAAGUUUAAAAUGUUACCUAAAAAAAACAAACGAAAAGAUAGAAAGAAGAAAAUGACAACCAGUUUGAUAAUAGCUGGACUCCACUCAGCAUUUCUGCAUUUAAUGCACUGAUUUCAGUCCCCAGAAAAGUAAUUUCCAAUAAGCAUUUCAUUAUUCUACUUUCUUUUUUUCCUUUCUACACUAAGACCCCUAUCAAACAACUCCCAAUCAAGUUCUCUUCUUCUCCGUCAAUCCGUCUCCAAUUUUUUUUGUUCAAGGAUCCUUCGGAUCAUGUAUGUUCUUGAAUCUUCUUUCAACGCAUUUCUAGCUAGGAUGUGAGCCAUAUUGUUUGUGGGUCUAUUUGUUUGCUGAAAGAAUAUAUGUUGAAAAAAUUGUUUUUGCUACUGAAUAUUUCGUAUUAUACCCCCUAUCACCGAUCUAUCAGUCUUCUCUGAGUUACUCUUUUUUAUCACUGUUGCUGAGUCUCCUUCGAUGAUAACUGAUGUAAACCCCAUUUUUUUUCCCAUAAUCAUUGCUUAGAGGCAUGCAAGUACCUCUGCUACGAAUGGAGAAGCCACGUCCCUAUGGAUCUCUGUUUUGAAACUAAGUACCUCUCUCGAUGCAUCUCUGGCCACCACUCCUGUAAUGGCCCAAAUUUAAGGUUAUCGGAAUAGUGGUUUCGUAACCACAAAUCUGAUUUAAAGAGAAAAUUAUUAUUAAUUUUUAAAAUUUAUCAAGUGAUUAGAUAUAAGUAUUAGAGUAUUGGUAAGAAAUUUUAUUGAUUGCAUGCCUAAAUUGCCUAUUAUGACUUAAUUGCAAAAGUGGGUAAAUAUGAAUUUUAGAUGAUAAAGGAUUUAUUUGAAGUGCAUAAUCAAAGUAGAGGUCCUUAAGUAAUAAUUAGACCAUAAAUUUUUUAUGGACAAAAAUACGCAUGUAUAGAUAAAAAUAACUAAAGUUUUAAUGAAGGGUAUUUUAGUCAUUAAAUAAUAAAAAGAAUAAAAAGGGAAAAAAUGACAAAAAUAUCAUCUUCUCCAAAAAGCUUGCUGCCAAAAUUUGAAGGACACCAUAGCUAUGGUUUUCACACUUUCUCAAGCUCAUAUAUUAUCAAGCAUAGUCGGGAUCUUGAAGACGUCGGAGAGCGUUCACACUAUCAACCACCACAACUCGGUAUUUUAAGACGAUAAAUGUUUUGAGCUAUGGCAUGUAUAGGGACUUGGUCAUUUCGAUUGUAUAUUCUUAAGAUAUGACCAAAAGAUGAUAUAUAAAUAUUUGAUGAUGAAUAGUUAUUAAAAUGGCUAAGUAUGAAGGUGUUUGUUGUUAUACAUGUCUAUGUGAUAAAUUAUGCAUAGAAAUCAUAAAAGAGUAAUAAUUUGCAAAGAAACAAAUUUCAAAUAGCAGCGGUGACGUGAUUUUGAAAAAUCACUUAGGAUAGUAUAAAAUGAAUUAGAGGGUGUAUGAUAUAUAUAAUUAAAUCUUGUUGAGUUUAUUUUCAUGGAAAAUAACGGUUUAGGAAAAGAAAUUUUAUAUUUUGAGAUAUGUGAAUUUUGAUGAGACAAGGUCAGAACCGUUUUUUGAGUCCCCCUUUUCUGAGUUUAGAAAAUCACUAAAACUUGUAAAAAUAUAUUUAUGAGUUGUAAUUUAUAUGUAUAGAUUUCUUAUUGAGUCUAUUUUUUGUAGAAACAAGUGAGAACAGCAUAUGAAAAUCCUACAAUUAGAAAACUUAUUUUUAGUGGCAAGAGGUCAGGACAGUCGAGUGGUAAAACAGGUGAGACUUUAACUAAUAAACUGUACUAAUUGGUUGAACCAAAAAUUCUAAAAAAAUUAUGGUAAAAAUAUAUAUGAGUCUAGUUUCAGAUAAAAUUUAUGGAUCUAAAUUUUCAGUUUCGUAGCUUGAGUUAUAAUUAAUUUAGUAACUGCUGCGCAAGUGGACAGUUUUGUCAUGAAUAGUGAGAUAAAUUUUAAAAGUAAAUUUUUAUGCCCCGAACUUUUAAGUUAAGUCAAGUAACGCCUCAUGCUUUACUCCAAAAAUGGUCUCGGGUAAGGGGUGUUACAUUUUAUUGGUAUCAGAGCAGGUUUAGCCGGUUCUCGGAAUAUUCAGUAUGAAUAAGAGUCUAGCUAUACAUGCCAUACUUGUAUUUUGAUAGUGUGACGAAUCCUGACGAUUUUAAAAUGUGUUCUUUUAUAUUAUGGAUCCCGAACGAGCUGGUGCAGAUGAUGUAGAGAGUAAUGCACCGCUCCCAUAGAAGGGACGGUGCCACAAAAUGUUAGUGAAAGGCCCGUUACAGUUAGUUAGGGAGGAGGGGCUCGAGAAGCCUUCUUCCAAGCAAUGAAUGAUUGGUUUGCCGAGUUUGUUCGUACGAAUCCGGCUGUGAGACCUCCACCCCCUCAUGAUUUUUAGGUUCCCCAUGUAGCUUUCCCAGCUGCAAGUAUAGUUAUUAGAGAGAGACCUCCAGUUGAUAAGAUUCGAAAACAAGGGGCUGAAGAGUUCCGGGCUACCAAAGAUGAUGAUGCCGAGGAAGCUGAAUUUUGGCUCGAAAAUACUAUCCGAGUUUUUGAAGAAUUAUCUUGUACACUGGAAGAAUGCAUGGAGUGUUAUGUUUUACUUCUCAGAGAUUCGACCUAUCAUUGGUGGAAGAGUCUCGUGUCUGUGGUAUCGAGUGAGAGAGUUACCUGAGAUUUCUUUCAGGAGGAGUUCCGAAAGAAGUAUAUCAGUCAGAGAUUUAUAGAUCAGAAAAGGAAAGAGUUUCUUGAAUUAAAACAAGGUAAGAUGACUGUGACUGAAUAUGAACGCGAAUUUGUCAGACUUAGUAAAUAUGCCCGGGAGUUUGUGUCAAUCGAAGCUAACAUGUGCAAUAGAUUUGAAGAAGGGCUUAAUGAUGAUAUUCGACUAGUAGUAGGUGUUUUAGAAAUCAGAGAGUUUGUCCUUUUGGUGGAAAGAGCCUGUAAAGUAGAAGAUUUGUUAAAAGAAAAAGAGAAGGGCAAAGCUGAAGUUGAAGUGCAAGAUACAAAGAAGAGGCAAAUGAGUAAAUCAUUUCAGUCUACUUCUAAGAGGCCUAGACAGCUCUCUAGUGGAUCAAAUUUUCCAACCAGAUAUUCUAGUCAAAACAGAGGCAGAAUAUUUGAGGGUUCUAAAGCUCAAACCACUAUAGUUGCAAGUACGAGCAGUACUCGACCUCCUAGGCCAGAAUGUCCUCAAUGUGGUAGACGCCACCCUGGAGAGUGUAGAGCAAGUGAAAAUGUUUGUUUUAGAUGUGGUGCACCAGAUCACUUUAUUCGGGAUUGUCCCGAAACAGCUAAGAGAGAAGUUAUACCAAGUGCGAGAUCAGGAAAUGCUUCUACCAGAGGUAGACCGCAAAGAAACCCAGGAGUUGGAGUGGGUAAUAGGGGUACGGCCAGAGGCUCAGUAGUUAGAUCAAAUGUUAGAGCACCCGCAAGAACAUAUGCUAUUCGUGCUCGGGAAGAGGUAUCCUCCCCUGAUGUAAUUACCGGUACAUUUUCUCUCUAUGAUACUAAUGUUACUGCAUUAAUUGAUCCUGGAUCUACACAUUCAUAAAUAUGCACAAAAUUAGUAUUUGUUAAAAAUUUGUCUGUUGAACCUACUGAAUUUAUGGUUAAAGUCUCGAACCCCCUGGGCCAGUUUGUGAUUGUGGAUAAAGUUUGUAAAAAUUGUCCACUGAUGGUAAAAGGUAUUUGUUUUCCGGUUGA